GCCUUCUGUCUUUCUAUUUAUGUACAUAAAAUAAGGAAUAGGGAGGAGCUGCUGAUCUGAAAAAGAAGCCAAAGAGGGGAAAGUCCACUUGCGGCCAUUCUCAUAAUUCCCCCUUUACCUCUCUCGGAAAAGAAGAUCUCUCCAGGUGGUAUAUAUUCAGCUGGGGAUAGAGAGGUGGAUACAUUGGAAGAGAAGUAAAGAGUGAGAGAGAGAGAGAGAGAGAUGGGGAGGGGAAAGAUCGUGAUCCGGAGGAUCGACAACUCCACGAGCCGGCAGGUGACCUUCUCGAAGCGGCGGAACGGGCUGUUGAAGAAGGCAAAGGAGCUCGCGAUACUUUGCGACGCCGAGGUCGGGCUCAUGAUCUUCUCCAGCACCGGCCGCCUCUACGAAUUCGCUAGUACCAGCAUGAAGUCUGUGCUAGAUCGAUACAACAAAUCAAAAGAAGAACAUCAGCUGGUCAUGAAUGCAAAUUCGGAGGUUAAGUUCUGGCAAAGGGAGGUAGCAAGCUUGAGGCAGCAACUACAUAACUUGCAAGAAAAUCACCGGCAGUUGAUGGGAGAAGAGCUUUCUGGCCUAAGUGUGAAGGAUUUACAAAACUUAGAAAACCAGCUAGAAAUGAGUUUACGAGGAGUUCGAAUGAAGAAGGACCAACUAUUGAUCGACGAGAUUCAAGAGUUGAAUCAGAAGGGAAGCCUUAUCUAUCAAGAGAACAUGGAACUGUAUAAGAAAGUAAACUUCAUUCGUCAAGAAAACAUGGAGUUAUAUAAGAAGAUGAAUUUGGAAUCUCAGGUUUACGAAACAAGAGGAGCAGACAUUGUCCAUAGAGCUCCUACCAUUCCUCACAAUUUUUGUAUCGCAGAGGAUGCGCAUGUUCCUAUUCAUCUCGAACUAAGCCAACCUCAACAAACAGAUGGGGUGCAACCAGGAGCUCCAAAAUUAGGCAGACUUCAACUACACUAAGGAGAAGGUGCCCCACAAAUCCCAAUGACCUCUAGAGAAUAUUAUUAGGGGCUACGGUCAAAUACUGCUACUAGUACAUUUGCUGAAUAAGCAAGAGUUGAAUGAAUACUUCAAAAAAUUUUAAAAUUGGUGUGCAUUUGUUGGAAGACCAAAUUAUAUGUAAAGUCAUGUUGCAAUAAAGUGGCAAAGAUUAUGCUA